AAUUUUUCUCACUGUCACAGAGCACCACUGCAGCACCAACAAACCAAGCAGCUCAUCUUCCAGUCUUCCACUCUUCCUCUCUCUCUAGCUCACUCUCUCUCUUUCUCUCUCCUCGCGCGAGCGCACGCUUACCGGAAUCGGGGGGGCGAGCGGCGGCGAGAUCCGGGCGGGCCGCGGCGAUCUCGUCGCCGCGGGAGCUGCAUUGGCGCCGGCUCGCCGCCUUCCCGGCGUUUCUUGGGGCUGUCGCGAAGGAGGAGGAGGAGGAGGAGAGCUUGGGGUUCUUGGUGAGGGGAUCCACCAGAUCCGACCUCGCCGGCGGCGGCGGCCGCGAUGGAGCCCGACGCCCCGCUCGACUUCGCGCUCUUCCAGCUCUCCCCGCGCCGCUCGCGGUGCGAGCUGGUGGUGUCCGGGAAUGGGCGGACGGAGAGGAUCGCGUCCGGGUCGGUGAAGCCGUUCGUGGCGCACCUGCGCGCGGCGGAGGAGCAGGCGGCGGCGCAGCCGCCGCCGCCGGCCAUCCGGCUGCAGCUGGACCGCCGCGCCGCGUGGUUCAGCAAGGGCACCCUCGAGAGGUUCGUGCGGUUCGUGAGCACGCCGGAGGUGCUGGAGAUGGCUAACACCUUCGACGCGGAGAUGUCGCAGCUGGAAGGGGCUAGGAAGAUUUAUGCACAGGGAGUUGCCGGAGGCGCUGAUGGAGCUGAAUCAGCAGCAGCUGCAGAUAUUACGAAGAAGGAACUUCUUAGAGCGAUUGAUGUUCGUCUAAGUGCUCUUAAACAAGACCUUGUCACGGCUUGUGCCCGGGCAUCAUCUGCAGGGUUCAACCCUGACAGUGUUUCUGAGCUUGUUCUUUUUGCAGAUCAUUUUGGUGCCAACCGGCUGAGUGAAGCAUGCAACAAAUUCAUGUCACUUUGCCAGCGGCGUCCAGACAUCUGUCCUCAUUACUCGGUGUCAUCAACUUCGUCACAAUGGAAGAGCUUUGAUGAUGGAAAUGUCCGUGGCUCCUCCAGUUCAGACAUGUCACUAGACGAGACACAAGCUGAUCAAGGUGCAUCCAGCAACAAAUCUAUAAUUGGUGGUAGUGUCUCUCAUAUUCACAGAAGCAACAGCCAAAACUCAGUAGAUGUUCCACCAGAACCCAGCGCAGUUCAACACCCUAAACCAACUAUACAGCAGUCAGUAGAGAAACAAGAAAAGGAAACAGAUGCUCUUCCUGCCCCUGCCCCAGCUGGAGGGGGUUCAAGACGGUUGAGUGUGCAAGACAGGAUAAACAUGUUUGAGAGUAAGCAGAAGGAACAAACCUCAAGUUCUGGUAAUAGUGCUGCAUGUACUAGUAAGGUGGUUCCAACGAAAGGUGAGCACCGCAGGGUGCCUUCUGGUGCGUCCAUGGACAAGUUGGUAAGGAGGUGGAGCAAUGUAAGUGAUAUGAGCAUUGAUCUAAGCAACAACGAUAGCAGCAGCUUAAAUGAAAAGAGGGAAAUUGGAACCCCUGUUGGAACCCCAACAUCUGCCAAUUUGGAGGUUAAUUCUAAGGCAAGAGCUGACGGGGACGCUAAUGGGCUGAAGCAUGCAGUUACAUCAUGCCAAAAAGAUACAUCUGAUGCCUUACCCUUGGAUUCUACCACUGCAGAUGCUUUCUCAUCCUCAACUUUGAAUACUACCUCACCAUCCCCCUUAUCAGCCAUCGCUUCUUCUUCUCCUCAGAAACAGACCGCACCUCGUGUGGAAGAUGACAUGGUUAUAACCUCUAGCAUUGAGAGUGAGUCAUCCUUCAGAAAGGAGGUAGGGGCUAGUCAAGGAAAAGGUGACGUGAGGAUGUCAGGGCAAGCUGUUUCAAGUGUUUCCACUCGAGCCCGAGUAAAAACAUCUCCAAGGCCAACAUGGCCAGAAAACAAUGUAACUUUAAGUAGCCCACCAUUGUCACAGGAGCAUGUACAGAUGACCGAUGAGGAAACUAUUCCCAUUGUUCAUGAAGUAGCAGUUAAAAAGGAACAGAUUGUACAGAAAGAUAAUAGAGGUUCUCGUCUCCGUUCUAAAGAGAUUCAUGCUGAAGCAGAUGUGGUUGGAAGGAAGGACCGACCCUCUCGAACAACUGGAAAGAUAUCUGAUACCAGAACAAGGGCCACCUCCAACCCACGUGCUAAUUUUAGGGGUUCAUCUGUCAGGGAUGAAGCUGCCUCUACAGAAGCUGAAGUUCAUGAUGUUAACUUGCAACGGAAAAGUCUAGCGCGGAAGGUAGAGGAUUCUGGGAGAAAGGUUGCAGCUGGCUCUGAAAUACUGCCUCAAUCAGAUUGUUCUAUUCAUCAGGGAACUAAUUUGAGCAGACAAUCAUCCAGUGCUGAACAGGAAUUGAGUUUGCAUGGAGGUAAAGUCAAAUUAAUUAGUGAUGGAAAUGCUGUUCCUUUGGAGCAGACUAAGAGACCGACAAAAGGUAGUCAAGAUCGGCAUGAUGAACUGCAAAAGAAAGCCAAUGAAUUGGAGAAGCUAUUUGCUGCACAGAAGCUAACCUCUUCUAGGAGAGGCAAGUCAACUGAUGUGCAGGUUGAGAACACACCCAGGGUGAAUGAGGUAAAGCCUCCACUGGUUCUUCCAGAGAGGAUUUAUACAAAGCAAAUUGUAAAGGAGAGUAUAACCAAUGAGUUCGAUGCCAAUGAGCUUUUAAAGAUGGUGGAUACUGAAGGGUAUAACAAUAACGUACCACAAAGCAUUAUUAGCUUAGAAGAGUCAAGGGGAAAGUUCUAUGAUCAAUAUAUGCAGAAGAGGGAUGCAAAACUAAAGGAAGAUUGGAAGCUGCAAGGAGAACAGAAGGAAGCAACAAUAAAGGCAAUGCGUGAUAGCCUAGAACGAAGCAAUGCUGAGAUGCGGGCCAAAUUCUCUCGGUCUUCAAGUGUUCCUGAUUCAACAUAUAUUUCUCGUUGCGCUCAUAAGUUUCCUCCUUUGCAAUCAGUUAUAAAGGAUAAGGAUCAGGGGAUAGAUUCCUUCUUGGUAGAAGAAGAAAUGAAUAGUGACUAUCUAUCUGGUGAUGGUUCAUCCAGGAGUGCUGAUUCCAGGAAGCAUUUUUCAAAUAAAGUUGCCUGCAAUCAAAAGAAGUCUAUUGCUCCUGUUCAUAGGCAUUCAUCAAGGACCGUAAGCUCUGGUUAUGCAAACCGUAGGAAUCUACCAGAUAAUCCUCUUGCACAGUCUGUCCCCAAUUUCGCGGACUUAAGAAAAGAAAAUACAAAGCCCUCAGCUGGUCUGAGCAGAGCUGCUCCAAGGACCCAGCCAAAAAGUUUUAUCCGUAGUAAGAGCAUCAUUGAAGAGAGUAAGAAUAUAUCAAAAGAUCAAUCGAGGAAAUCACAGUCCAUGAGGAAGAACUUAAGUCCUGGUGAAUUAAGGGACGCUACAUCCAUGAAUGACGUCAUAUACAAUUGGGCUCCCUCAAAAAUUUCCAAUGAUCAAGUUGAGGGAGUUUUUGCUUAUAUCACCCAUACAGCUGGUUCAACCAAGUCUUUUCUCAGGAAAGGCAAUGAGGCUCACCCUGCUGUCGGUAUAGCUGGAUUUGCUCCUCCUAUGUUUGCAAAUACCUACCAGAAUGGAGAUGAUGACGAUUUUCUAGAUCAGGAAGAAGACUCCCCAGAUGAGACCAAAGAUGAAGAAUAUGAAAGCAUUGAAGAGAAUCUUAGGGAGAGCGAUUUUCCUGCUGACUCAGACAGUGAGAAUCCAGGAAUAAGUCAUGAAUUUGGAAAUUCAGAUGACCCAGGAUCAGAAAAUGGUGAUGUUUCUUUUCCAAGUGACGCACCCACUCUUGGUGGUUCCAAGUUCAAUGCUUUUGCAGGAAACAUGCAUGAUACACCUGGUGAAGUACCAGCAUCAUGGAGCACACGCCCACACCUAUUCGCUUAUGCAAAUGAUAACUCAGAUGGUGAUGCUUUUGCUGAUUCACCAAAUGGAAGUCCAUCACCAUGGAAUUCUCAUACUUUAGAUCAAAUAACAGAUGCUGAUGUUUCCCGGAUGAGGAAGAAGUGGGGCAGCGCUCAGAUGCCUUUCGUUGGUCCCAAUGCAUCUCAACAGCCGCGGAAAGAUGUUACAAAAGGAUUUAAGAAGCUAUUGAAAUUUGGGAGGAAGACACGAGGUGCUGAUGGUUUAAAUGAUUGGGUAUCCGCUUCAACUGCCUCGGAAUGUGACGAUGAUAUGGAAGAUGGACGAGAUUUGGCCAUGGGAUCUUCUGAUGAUUUCAGGAAGUCAAGAAUGGGUUAUCCUUCUGCAUAUGAUGGUUUUGUUGAUACCGAUGUUUUUGCUGAACAAGACCAAUCACUUCGCAGCUCCAUUCCAAAUCCCCCUGCAAAUUUCAGAUUGAGGGAGGAUCAACUCACUGGAAGCUCACUUAAAGCACCGCGAUCGUUCUUCUCCCUCUCAACGUUUCGUAGCAAGGGGGGUGAUGCAAGGCUCAGGUGACAAUGUGACAUACCCUUAAGCACCAGAGCUGGAGUAUAUAAAAUAUCUCCCGAAAUUAGGUACCGGUAUCAAAUUUUCAUGGAUGGUACGCGGACACUGCUAGCUUGUCUUAUAAAUACAAUAUAUUCUGUAUCUAUAGUAAUUCAUAUAAGCUGCCAGUUGAGCGUUUCCUCUGUUGUUUGAUUAUUCUUUUUCCUAUCACUUGUGUAGAAUUGGACCUCUAGAUUUUUUUUUCUUUCUUUUGCGGUAUUUGAUUUCAAUUGGCCCAGAGACACUGUAUUCAUUUUGUUGUUUUUGUGAUAUGCUUGUAUCUUCCACCCCCAUUUGUUCAUUCACAUAUAUCACAAAUUCGCGGUAUAUGACAAUCUUGCCAACAUGAGCCUAGAAAUUUCUGAAAGGCAUCUUCCA